CGGAGGCUCUCGGUUCUCGAACGCUUCGGAAUACCUGGUUCAGAGUAUCCGCGAUAAUCAUUGCGUCGCGCGAUGACGCGCUCAGAAUGAUCGAUUGACGCGUGGUGAGAUCGAUGUGAGCUCUUGAUGAUAUAUACGCCUUAUAUAUAUAUAUCCCGAGUACAUUAGUGAUCGCUCUCGAAUAGAGUCGGGAAACGCUGAACACGUUUUCGAACGAACGAAGAUAGAUGCGCGUGCACCAGUGGGAAUCGCAGAGAUGUCGCGAAUUUCGAAUCGCGUCGCCACGAUUGGCGCGGCCCUCGCCAUCGUUUUGCUCGUGAUACUCCUAGUAAUCUUGUGGUCCGACGUGCGCAACGUGGACAGGAUCGAGGACCUUGCUCGGAAGAAUUCGACGGCCGAGCGUGUCGUUAACGAAACGCGGAAGAAGCAAACAGGCAGUCUGCAUAUCGCCACGACGGAUCUCGUUACAACGUUCGAGUCUAUCGAGCAGAAUCUCACAAAUGAGGUGCAUUCUAAGGAAGUACAAAAUACGAAGAAAUACAAUGGCACAUCGUCGAUUGAUGUGCUGCCGUCCGCUAAGGGAAACUUGGAAUACAUCAAGCCUUUAAAAAUUAGUCAAAAUCAAUAUGAGGAUCCCCCCGAGAAGUUUUCCACGGCGAAGAGGCAUCACAGUGGCCACUUUCGGCACGCGACAGCCGAAGUCUGGGAUCCUCACCCGCAAUAUGAAUUUACUGCCUUUGGAAAGCGAUUUCGUUUGCGAUUGGCACACGAUGCCAGUUUUGUAUCUCCCGAUAUAAAGGUGACGCACAUGAGCGAGAACACAACCAGAAGGGAACACGCUGGUCAUCACUUGGGUUGCUUCUAUAGCGGGUCAGUCGACGGCGAUCCAAGUUCAGCGGUCAGUGUCAGCCUUUGUCACGGAAUGACCGGUCACAUGAAGACGUCGAUGGGUAGCUACUUCAUUAAACCCACGGAACAUUGGCGCGAGGGCGAUAAGGAUUCCCUUGGUUCUUCAUUACAGCACGCGAUUUACCGCGUACCCACGGUUGCGAUCAACUUGGACGAUGACUCCAACACUCCUGAAAAUGGAGUUAAAAGUCGCAACUGCGGCGUGAUAGAUUACGACUCGGACGACGUUCCUUCCCCAUUAACCGACGAUAGUUCCGCUCGUAAAAUCCACGUCGAGGAGCGUUCGCGGGAGCGUAGAUCAUUGACGCGGAAAACCGCAUCGUCGGAGAGGUUUCUUAGAGAAAAAGAAGAGGAAGAAUACGCACAGUUCACAGGGCAGAGCGAGCAUCAUCGAGACUUUUUUCAGAGAAUGGAUUAUAACGAUAGAUAUUACAGCGUGGAACGUGAACGUGGCUAUCGGAACGAAGAGUACGCACAGGACUCGGAGAUGAACUCGGAUCCCUUCGUGACGUGGAGACCGCGGCGUGCCUUACCGCGUGAAUAUUUCAUCGAGAUCAUGGUGGUGGCUGAUGCAAAAAUGGUAGAGUACCACGGCAUCGGCUUGGUCAGUUACAUUCUUGUCUUGAUGAGCACGGUUUCACGGAUCUACAAGGACCAGUCCAUCGGCAAUCCGGUGAGCAUAGCAGUUAUGAAGAUCGUCAAGACUGAGGAAGUAUUUGGAGUUAAACAUAGCGGAAGCGACGGAAUCGCGGCGGCCGAAAUGUUGAAGCGAUUCUGCCAGUGGCAGAAACGCAAUAAUCCGGACGAACCUUCUCCAGAACAUCACGACGCUGCACUUCUGUUAACUAGAGAAAAUCUAUGUCACAAUCCGCGUCAAAAGCGUUGCGAUACUUUGGGCUUGGCCGAACUGGGUAGAAUGUGCUCGCCUGGAUCUUCGUGCGCUAUCGUGCAGGAUAAUGGAUUGGCCGCGGCGUUUACCAUCGCACACGAGAUUGGUCACGUACUUAACAUGCCACACGACGACGACGCCAAGUGUGCGGGCUUUAGAAACCGUUCGGGUGUGCACAACGUCAUGUCGCGCAUGCUGGAUGAUAAUACUUUUCCCUGGGAGUGGUCCAAGUGUUCCCGACACUAUGUCACCGAAUUUCUCGAAGCUGGUUACGCCAACUGUUUGCUGGACGAACCCAGCAAAGUGAUGGAGAGACAAGAUGGUCGGUUACCCGGCGAAGAUUAUUCAGAGAACAAACAGUGCGAGCUCGUCUUUGGGCAAGGAUCCAGAAUCUGUCCUCACAUGGUGAGUGAUGUGUGUAGGAGACUAUGGUGCACCGCGCCACUGUGGGAUCAUCAUCAGCAAUGUCACACUCAACACAUGCCCUGGGCCGACGGCACAUCCUGCGGUACCGAUAAGUGGUGUCAUCGCGGCGAGUGCGUCUCGCGCAGGAAUCUCGAGCCGGUAGACGGUCAAUGGGGCGAAUGGGGAAGAUACGGCGAAUGCUCGCGGAGCUGCGGCGGCGGCAUUAAGAGGAAGUAUCGGGAAUGCGACAAUCCGGCGCCGAAGAACGGCGGCAAUUAUUGUAUCGGCGAGCGCGUCAAAUAUCGCAGUUGCGGCACCAGAGAAUGCCCGCCAGGCAGUCCUGACUUUAGAGAACAACAAUGCUCGAAAUUCGACAACAAUAACUUUAACAUUCAGAAUCUUGCUAGAGAUGUUAAAUGGCAUGCAAAAUAUACUAGAAUACUGCCACAAGAUCGUUGCAAAUUAUACUGCCAAGUGGAAAGCAAUCAAUAUUACAUGUUACGUGAUAAAGUCAUCGACGGGACACCCUGCGGCCCCGACACUUAUCACAUAUGCGUCAAUGGUCAGUGUAAGCCCGCUGGAUGCGAUCAUGUCUUGAAUUCAACGGCCGAACUCGAUACCUGCGGGGUUUGCAGUGGUGACAAUUCUACUUGUCAGAGGAUUGCGGGCGCCUACAACACCAGCGUAUACGGUUACACGAGGGUAGCUAAAAUACCUGCCGGCAGCAGCUACAUCGAUAUUAAACAAUACGGAUGGCUGGGCUCUCAUAACGAUAGUAAUUAUCUCGCACUGCGAAUUGGAGAAAAUGGUGAAUACAUCCUGAAUGGGAACUUUAUGGUAAUGCACCGCAAGGUAAUUGUGCAUCCAGACGUCACUAUCGAAUAUAGCGGACCAGAAUCAGUGGUGGAACGACUAAACAGUUCUCGGCCUAUCACUAUCGAUUUAAUUUUGGAGGUAUUGUCCGUAGAGAACGUCUAUCCUCCGCAAAUUACGUACGAGUACACUGUACCGAAGAAAAUCCUGAACAGCUAUACUUGGCUACUCAACGAUUGGUCGACCUGCAACCGAAUGUGUCAGGGUAUGAAAUAUCGUAAGGCGGAAUGUAAAAGCACCGAACACAAAGAUACGGUGCCCGAUGCUUAUUGUAGAGCCGAGGAAAAACCACAAGAGGAAAGUCAGAUGUGCAACGAGCAUUGUACUCUACAGUGGCAGAUGACUUCCAUAUCUGAAUGCUCGAAUCACUGCGGUCCGGGCGUGCAAACCAUCACCUCGCGAUGCGUUCAAAUUUUGUUAGAUUCGUCGCAUCCUCCACGGCCGAUACCGGCGCACGCAUGCCUGCACAUCGAAAAACCGAGCGAGCAUCAGUCAUGCGUAGGUCCUUGUGAUGAUGCUCAUUGGAGUUACAGCGAAUGGAAUGCUUGCAGUGUCUCAUGUGGCGGUGGUGUGCAAUUGAGAAGCGCGAUAUGCAUUGAUUCAAAUGAGAGGCAGGUGCGAGAAGAGAAUUGCGCCAGACAGGAGAAGCAUCUCAAGAGGAUAUGCAAUCAAGAAGCUUGUCCGAAAUGGGAUCUGGGAGAAUGGGGUCCGUGUUCUGUGACCUGUGGUGUGGGAAAACGACAUAGAGCUUCCUGGUGCCAUGUAGAGAAUCGCGUAAUAUCACGCACUUUCUGUAGCGAGAUGCCAAUUGUAACGACGGAAGUCUGCAAUGUUGGUCCUUGUUAUCAGUGGCAUGCUGGCGAUUGGAGUCCGUGUUCGGUGACAUGUGGCGAGGGAACGUCGCGACGAAAAGUUGUUUGUCAAAAUGCAGAUGGUACAACAAGUAACGAGUGUCCCAAUUCCGAAAAACCGGAUACUUCGAUGACUUGCACACUAAAACCAUGUCUUAAUAUCGUGAACUUGCCACCGAUCACGUAUUCAACAAAUCGUCCGCGUGAAGAUCCGUUCCCACAAGAAAAUGAAAUUGACAAUAACGGUAUUACGUUCCAUUCGGGUUACAAAUGGCAUAUAGGAUCUUACGGAGAGUGCUCGCGGAAAUGCAAUAUUGGAUAUAAAAGCAGAAUAGUGAGGUGUAUAUCUUCGGAAACUGAAAUGGUUGUACCUGAUUAUUAUUGCGACUCUAAACCGAUAAUCAGAAUCACAUGCAAUCGUCAUCCAUGCCCGACUUGGAAUACCGGCGCUUGGAGCGAGUGUGACGCGAUAUGUGGACAUGGAUUCCAGCAUCGUCAAGUCCGCUGUCAAAGUCAUCGUGGCGAAAUUUUGCCAGAUAAGGAGUGUAGCGAUGAACGACCAAAACAUGUACGAAGAUGUCAGAAAGAAUCUUGCAGAAAUCAUCCCAAGAUCAGCAGGGAGAAUAAUUUGGAACUUAACAUCGUUCGCAGAUGGAGAAUGUCUAGCUGGACUCCGUGCUCGAAAUCAUGCGGCACCGGGAUUCAGACGCGAAGGGUGGAAUGUACAAUGAGAAGAGGCAACCAUGGGCCGGAAGUACCCGUUAAGGAUGAGCAGUGCUCGAGAAUGAAAUUGCGCAAACCAAAAUCGCAGAGAUUAUGUCACCGCGUUUCCUGUGACUAUAUCUGGCAAGAAGGCUCCUGGUCGGAGUGUUCGGCGGAAUGCGGCGAAGGAAAACAACGUCGUGCAGUUACUUGUCAUCGAGUAAAUCGUUACGGAUGGAUCGAUCCAAGUCCAACAGAAGGUUGUCCAAUGGAUCAAAGACCGGAUGGUGAGCAGACUUGUAAGCUACGUGAGUGUAGCGAUAAAUAUUAUUGGAGUGCUGGCGCUUGGAGAAAAUGUAGCCAUCCUUGUGGCCGCAAGGGUCGGCAGACCCGUAGACUUUACUGUCACGAUACUACUACCGGGAAAAAAGUACCGCGGACUUAUUGCCCGGUUGAAUACAGGCCACAAAAAAAGCGUAAGUGCAAUCAAAAAAGAUGCGGGUCAGUCACCUGUCUCGAAAUUCAGAAACGACUCAAGGUUACUACGGAUGGCGAAUAUCCAUUGUUAAUUGGUGGAAGAAAUAUGUCGAUUUAUUGUCAUGAAAUGUCAAGCUCCGAGCCGCGGGAAUACUUGACUUUGCCAGCCGGCGACAGCGAGAACUAUGCGGAAAUCUAUGACAAAAGAUUAAGGAACCCACACACGUGUCCAUUCAAUGGUCAGAGAAAUGAUAGUUGCAACUGCGUGUCCGAGUUGGGUACAGUGUCUGGUAGAACAAUGUUUAAGAGGGUACGCAUUAAUCCUACGACACUUUACAUUAUAGCGAACGACUAUACGUUUUCGUGGACAAAGGGAAUGCAGCGCGUGGAGUAUGGUAAAGCUGGCGAUUGUUACAGCCUCACUGAAUGUCCGCAAGGACGUUUCAGCAUUGAUUUGAGAGGUACUGCCCUGGGAUUGUCACCGGAGAUUACCUGGAUUAAAGAACCUUCAAGCGCUUUUCUCACGAUUAAUAGAAUUAGUAAUCAACGAAUCGUCGGCAAAUGCGGCGGUUACUGUGGCUUCUGCAAGCCGAGGACGGGUCUAAAGCUGGACGUGUUACCUCCCAGUCAGAGCCAUCAACUUUUGGUACUCCACCAAUCUGUCCUAUGAUCCCGCGACCGUGAGUCGUGGUGUCAUUACCACCGAUUUGCUUUAAACUCAAUUAGUUUCUUAAUAGUUCCCUUGGAAAGAAGUAUAUAUUUUUUCCAAUUGUACAAUUGGAAAUAGCGAAAUUCAUAGACCGGCGAGUUACGGAUAUACCGAAAUGCACGUGACAUGAUGUACAAUCUAUCAUUACCGUUACACAUGUGCGAUUAUACAGACUAAAAUUACGAUUAUGUACUUGUAGGAAACGCGUCUUUCUGAAUACAGAACUA